AUAGAUAGAUAGACAGACAGACAGACAGAUGGGUAGGUAGGUAAGUAGGUAGGUAGAUAACAAAGACACUGCAUUCCAACAACAUAGAGUGGAAUUUCUCCUCACUCCACAGUGACUGUUUCUAAAUUUUGUGACCCUCUGAAACAUCAGCACCCCUUUUACCCCUUUCUAGCUUAACAGGACAAAAAAUUGUGCCAGAAAUCAAGGACUCCUUAAUCGGCUGCUCAGAAACCUGUGUGUCUCUGUUGUAAACAAUGUCAAUGCUUCCAUGAUCAAAGUGUCUGUCCUCCUCAGCUCCAGCAUCGUACUGCUGUGUAAAGUGACAAAUGAUGAACCAACUGCAGUGUACCUAGACUUUCCCCACUGUGUUGUCCCAAGUGAAACUCAACUCCUGGACUCAAGUCAUCCUCCUACCUCAGCCUCCAAAGCAGCUGGGGUUACAGAUGCAUACAGCUGCAACGGACUAACAGUCAAGAAAAUGUCAGUGAUGUUGCCCAAGAGUAGGGCUGAGGGAUGAGACAGUCACAAAGGCUUUUCUUUUCUUUUUUUAAAAAUGUAUUUAUUUUAUGCAUAUGCAUGUUUUACCUGCAUGUGUAUAGGUGGACUACUAGGUGCCUGGUGGUCACAAGGACCUCAGAUCUCCUAGAACUGAAGUGACAGAUGGCUGGAAAUCACCACAUGGCUGCUGAAAGCUGAACCUGGGUCCUCUGCAAGAGCAACAAGUACUCUUAACCACUGAACCAUCUCUAGCUCUAAGAGAUUUCUUUUUUUUAAAUCCUCUUAACUCGUAACAUUUUAUAUGGAGAUGUAUUAUUUAGGAACUUAUAUUUAGCAUGUUUAAUAAAAGUUUGGUAAACUAAUCCUCUACAGUAGUGAGCUAAGGCCACCUCCGUCACUGUUGCCUGCCUUUUCUUACCAGUGUUUGUCUUGGAGCUCUGUCCCUUCACCUCUCUAGGAGCUCAGAGUUCCUGGUGCUGAUGUCCGGCCUGCCUAUUCCACAGGACAACAGAGAGGUGACGCAAACAGUGAAGGUUAUCAGUACUGUAUCAGUCCUGAAGUGCGUUUUCUACACAAAGCCUCGCCUCCUGUUGCAGGCACCUAGGACAAUGGCACAAAAGGAAAAUCGGAGGCCCUGAAAAUAUAAACGCUAUAUGUCCAGGGGCUGAACAAAGAACCGAUCCCUGUGGGAAAAAUCACAGGAUCCGGAAGCAUAAGAAACAAAAUUCUUACUUCAGUCAGUGAGCGAAAGUGGGAACGUUUUGAAAAACAAUACAAAGAAUCUUAUUAAAAAUAGAAUCUGAGCUGGGACCAGUUCCAACAAGACCAUAAUGUUAGCUUUUCAAAGCACCUCCGGAGACGACCGAGGGGGCCUCCGACACUCGCAACAAACAACUCUCGAAAGAUGAAUCAUGAGCGCAUAGGAUGGCACAGAAAGAACGGUCUUCUUAAAGCCAUUUUUAAAAGCAAUUUAUAAGGAACACAAGUUAGAAUUCCUCCAGGGGAGGGAGGUUGCCAGAGAGAAAGAAAUAAUUAGAACACAGCAUCACACUAAGGUCAAGGUCUAUAAGAAGUGCCGAGAACAUUGCUGCAAUGUGUGAGCCAAAACCAAAGCCAGGGAGGCCAGGAGGCAUCCUGGGAAGUGAGCUAGACCACACCACAGGUGUAAACCCAGUGCCAGAGAAGCAAAUGCCCUUGCCCUGAAUCUCCCCCAGGCAGCUCCCGUAGCUCAGGACAUGUCACCUCUCUUUCUAUUUUGUUCAAAGUAGAAAGGAGACCCAGGGAGGGCCUAAGAUUAUAUCUAAAUACACACAGAGGAAGGCAUUGGUUAUAGAGAGUUGAAUUAAAACAGAUGACAGGCAUGGAGGAUGUUGCCGGUAAAACUCUAAUUCUAUGUUCAAAAAGCUACUCUACCAAUGAGAUGUCUGUAGAACAAUGAAAGGUUCAAAAAGACUGUCGCCCUGGACUUCCAGUGACAAAGGUCAUCCCAUAGACAAGUGAAAGGAUGUAGCCCAAGUUUUUAGAAUGAGUCCAGAGCCCCAGUAAGGCUCAGAAGGAAUAAGGAUCCUGGUGCCUUAGGUGUAAUCAAGACAGCAGAUAAGUGGGAAGGGGUAUUGACUGAGUAGGCACCGCUCUGAGGGAUUUCUGUGUACUCACUGUAGUCCUUACAACAAUUAUAGUUAUUCUCCCGUGUGUGUGUGUGUGUGUGUGUGUAUCUACAUACAUGUACAUGUGGGUGUGUGCCAACAUAUGGAAGUAAGAAGAUGAUGCUGGCUGUCUGGCUCAGUCACUCCACCAUAUUUUUCGAGACCAGACCUCUCAUUGAAUCAGAGCUCAUCCAUUAGGGACGACAUUGGUGUGAUACAGGAGCACCCCUAUGUCAGAGGCAUCCUCUGAAAGGGAAAACAUCCCAGUCCUCUUAUACAAAAUGUUCAUCAGGGGCUGGAGAGAUGGCUUAGCAGUUGAAAGCCCUGGCUGCUCUUUCAAGAAGAGCAGGAUUUGAUUGCUAGCACCCAGAGGGAGGCUCACAACUUUUUGUAACUCCAAUCCCAGGGGGUCCAACUCCCUGUUCUGGCCUCCUUGGGAGCCAGGCACAUACCUGGUGCAGACACACAAUGCUAGAACAUAACCAUACACAUGAGUAAAACAAAAUAAAGCAAACCUUUAUAGGGCAUGCAACCUGCUUGGAGGAAAUGAAUCUGUGGAGCUGGCAGAAACAGGACAUGUGAAGGAAAAAAAGGCAUUUCAUCAUUGUGUCCAAGCCUUUACCCAAGUAAUAAAGUUACGUUAAAUUUUAAAAGGCAAAAUGAGAACGGAUUUUUAAGGAAUGAAUCAGUUAUCACUAAACAAUAAAAUAAGGUGCAAUCUUACCACCUCCAACUUUUAAAUUCCUGCCUAGAUACUACAAACAACAUAACAAAGCAAGGGAACAUGGAGAGAGAGGGUGUAAUGACCAGGACUAUGAAGAACAAAAGUGUCUUCGUCUGUCAUAUGCAGCUCAUCUCCCUGUGAUAGGGCUAUGGAAGGAAGAAGUGAGGGGAAAAGUGGACUUGGGUUAGAGAGAGCAAAAGUGCAAGCUGAAGCACACCCACUACUCCUUCAAAACAGACUGAGGGGAGAGACCCUUGCAGGGAACAGUCUAGACCAUGGUCCCAUCCCUCAGAGCUGUACCCUGUCUCUCCCUCUCCAGCUGUCUCCAACUCAUCCUGUGGCUGCAAUGUCCCAUAGUCCUUGACCUUCCUUCUUACAGACUGUCAUGGUUUGAAUAUGCUUGUCGCAAGGAGUGGCCCUAUUUGGAAGUGUGACCUUGUUGGAGUAGGUGCAGCCUUGUUGGAGUGGGUGUGGCCUGGUUGGAGUGGGUGUGGCCUGGCUGGAGUGGGUGUGGCCUGGCUGGAGUGGGUGUGGCCUGGUUGGAGUAGGUGAGUCACUGUGGGCAUGGGCUUUAAGACCUUCAUCCUAGCUGCCUGGAAGCCAGUCUUCUCCUAAGACACAGACCUUUCCUAUCUGUUUCCUUUCGGCACUUAUCCCAAUUUGUAACAGAGUAACUUAUUAGUUGACACGUCACCCUACUAGAUGCCUAUGUGCCGCUCACAGACCUACUCUGCCUGUGCUUCCAGAUGCUUAUAUAAACUUUAACUGUUAUAAUACCGCUGUGACCAGUCAGGUAAUCGUGGCAACUACGUUCUGAGAGAACAAUCGGAUCACGGACUUGCUGCAGAGAUACUAUGACCCACAAAAUCUAAACUCUACGACUAGCUCUCUACAGAGAAGCCCGCCAGCUCUACAGAAGAUCCAGUCUCUCCUCAGGAAGUGAUUAUGUCUGAUUCGUAUGCCUCCCCCUAGCAGUGCUUUCCAUAGAAAGAACUUGACACAUCUGCUCACUGAAUAAACUUGGGAAAAUGAGGAAGGAUGGGGAAUGGUGUGUACUCAGUGCUCCAAGAACCGCACAUCUGUAUGCUCCUUUGAUCUCCCCCACAAACCCAAGGCAGAGAGUCCUUGCAUCCUACACAAGGAAAUGUUGAGGCAAAGCUGCCAAGCUCACUGAGCCAGUGAGGGCAGAGCCAGGGACUCACACGUCUGUCUCCGGAAUCAGCUGCUGACUACGAACGAGUCAGGCCAGAGAAUGCUUCGUUCACAUUUUUAGUAAUUCCUGAGCUGUGAGUGGAGGGAGCAGGCAGACGGCCAGGAGUGUUUUCUGGCUGCGGACUGGGCAUCUCCCUGAGUGUUAUGAAUGGCCAUCCCGGUUAUGAGCACGCAAACACCACCAUAGCGCUUCAGGGCUCCUAAGCAACACUGAACCUAACUCUCCCUGCCAAUAAAUCACCAAUGGGCACGCCCCGCCCCCACCUCCCAGGCGAAGGAGGGCUGUGUAUGAUGAAGCUGAAGAGGCUGAAGUAACUUGCCAACAUGAGGCCUGAGCCGGCAGAGCUCAGUGGUGGCCACACUCUACAACUCCAGCUCCUGGUCGGAGAACCAUUUCUAAGCACUUCUCUGGGCUUCGGCAGGAAGCCAGCCAUUCGUAAGAAGGCACAGCAUGACAGAUACAUGACAGCAUGAGUUCCUGUCACUUAUGUGACUCUGGAAGGGGUGAUGUUUCUCAGCAGCCUAACAUGAUCCCAUGUAACAGCUGUUCCACGGAAGCCCAGCGUCUACUCCUGGGACAUCUGACAACGCAGUGGCACAGAGUCGCCCUACUCGGUGAAGGACACCUGCAGGGGGCUCUGGCUGAUGAAAGUCACACAAGUUAACUUCAAUUCAGGAGCAUAGGAGAAACAGCAGAGUCUAUGUCUGUUUUCCAGCCCAGAGUGGAGAAGGACAAAAUUGCCACCCAGCCACUGACUACAGGGAACCAGGAACAAGAACUUCACUUGGCCCCAGAUCCCUCCGCAGGGAUGAUGUCCCUUCGGCUCUGACUUCCCCCAUCUGUUCUCAUCUCAUUACUUUUCCAAGAGGUGGUGUUAGGGGCCGGGUCCUGGCAAGGCCUGGAAGGUGGUUCCGCUCCGCACAGUUUUACUGCACAGUCAUCUCAUCUUCCCACUGCCCCAGCCUGCCAUCCUGGUCUCUGCGCUCAAGGUCCACAGUGAAAACAAUGAGCCAGGCGACCCUGCUCUGGGCAAAAGGAGAAGAGAGUUGCCAUGCCUGAGUAUUAGCUGCCCAGUCACCUCUAGGAAUCACAUCCUUCCUGAGCAGUGUGGCGCCAUUAGAAAUAUUUAAUAUAACGAGAAAAAAAAAUCAGCAAUGUAUGGAUUAUAAAAGCAGAAAUCUAAACCUCUGCAUUGUCCCCCCUCAUGGCAAAGAGUGUGGUGGUGGGAGAAGGAAGGAGUGAGCAGUCCUUUAAUGUUGCUUGAAAGCGUUAGCACCAGCACCAGCCAGCUCCAGAAGUGCAAACACAUAUCCACAACAAGUGGCCAGAGCAAUUCUGUAUCUGUCAGGCUGAGUCAUAAAAACAAAACAAAACAAAACAAAACAAACAAACAAAAAAAAACAACAACAACUUGAGGCUUCUAUUUUACAUAUCUUUGGGUUUCUAUUUCAUUUGGCUCAUCCUUUUUUAAAAAUUGUAUUUUACUAAAAGAUACGGGUCUGAGACAGACUGAAAAUAAAGACAAAGCACGCACUUUUUCACAGACUUUGAAAAUAAUUGCCCAAAGCCAAGCACGGAAAGGAGACUGAGUGUCUUCCGUCACACGUCUGAACAGCUCCUCAGGCACACCUCUAGUAAAAGAGAUGCAAGUAGAAAGAAAAAAAAAAAAAAAAAGCUAACAGGCCAUUUGCCCCCAACCGCCAAGCGUAAGAGGUUUCAGUGUGACACCUGUUAAGUAAGGCACACUGUUGGCAAUACCAGCUGUGUGUGUGUCCUUGUAGUUUUGUUGGGAAAACAAAAAACAAACAAACAAACAAACAAAAACCAACCAAACAAACAAAAACCCAAAGAUUUAAAAACUACUAGUGGCUAGGCAGUGGUGGCACAUGCCUUUGAUCCCAGCACUCAGGAGGCAGAAGUGAGUGUAUCUCCGAGUUCGAGGUCAGCCUGGUCAACAUAGCACAUUCCAAGACAUCCAGGGCUACAAAGAGAAACUUUGCCUGCAAAAAAAAAAACCAGGAGGAGGAGGAGGAGGAAGAAGGGAAGAAGAGGAGGAAGAAGAAGAGGAGGAGAAAAGUGCUAGCUGACAGAGACCUGGUGGAUAAGGGUGCUGUUUACAGAGUACAGAGCACAAAAGCAGAUAGGAUAAUCCAUGUGUACUAAAUGGACUGUGUUUGUAAAAACUAGAAGGAAGAGACUGAAGGAGAGAGCUUAGAAGUUAACAACACCUGUUGCUCUUGCAGAGGGCCUGUGUUCAGUUCCCAGCACAAACGUGGUGGUUCACAACCACCCGACCCUCCAGUUCCAGGGGAUCUGAUGCCCUUUUCUGACCUCCAAAUGUGCCAGGAAUGCACAUGGUGCACAUACGUAUAUACAGGCAGAACACACACAUAAAGUAAAAUAAAAUAGGUGAAUCUAAAAUUUAAAAAAAAAUUAAUAAAAAUAAAGAUUAAAACUAAGAGUAAAACCCUACUUGGCUGUGUCUCUAUAAGAUGCCUCAUGAGAGCCGGGCAGUGGUGGCACACACCUUUAAUCCCAGCACUUGGGAGGCAGGGGCAGGCAGAUUUCUGAGUUUGAGGCCAGCCUGGUCUACAGAGUGAGUCCCAGGACAGCCAGGGCUAUACAGAGAAACCCUGUCUUGAAAAACCAAAAAAAAAAGCCUCAUGAGAACACAGAAGCUAUAAGUAUUGACAGCCAUCGAGGACAGGAAUUGGAGGGCACUUGCAUUUUUGAACACUUUCCUUUUACACACUUUGAAAUUUUUGUCACAUGGACACAAAUCUCCUAUUCAAAGGCUUGAUUUAAAAACUUAGAGGAACUGUGUAGUUGGUACUACAUGUAUUUUCCCAGUCAGUAACACCUACCUGUGCACACCAAAUAACUCAAAAUAGGUGGCAUGCACUCCAGAUGACUAAAUAUCCUUCAGUGGACAAUAUACCGUCCUUAUCAGGAGAUGAAAGCACAAUGAUUCCUAACUGAUGAUUCCAAAGUGUGGCUACGUGCAGUCAGCCUGGGCAUCCUGAGGACAUUUCAGGCUAAAGCCAUGGCCCUUCCACCUAUUGCCUUCCCUAACUAAAGCCAACAGUAGGCUCCAACGAGCUUGCCUUUGUACCACCAUUCCUGCAAGAAAGGUGCUUUCUGUUAGGCCCAGACAGGUCAAGGAGACCUACCUGACACCACUAAGUUAGAAAGAGACUGGAUCCUGGGAUCUGGGGCGAUAGCUCAAGGCUCCAGACCUGCAUUCUGGACUCCUCUGCUUAUGGACAAAGGAGGCACUCAGAAGUUUGUAAGUCACAGAAUGUAUAGGUACCACGUGAAGCACAAGGCAUAACUGACUCCAUCUUAGCCCCACAGCAGACCAGGGAGGUAAACCCAUCCCUCACCCACGCCAUAUUGCAUGAGAAGGAAAUCUGUGAGAG